AAUAUUGCAAAUUCAAAUUUCCCGCUGAGCGUAUUGGUAUAGCCAAUCAUAGGUAGUCAUGUAAUCUUAGCUGUUCGGAUAGGUCAAAUAUAAAGUUAGCCGUAAUCACGAUGCCGCAGUUCUACCUUCAAUUUUUCGCAUGUUAGAUGUAUGACAGCAGCCUAUUCUAUCGUGUCAAUGUAUGAACCCUUAAAAAAUAAAAAAUAUCAUUAUUGAAUUUGUUGCAAAGGCGGUGAACAAUAUUAAAUAAAAAUUAAAUACUCGAGUGGAGAUUAUUCCGAAAUAAUUUUGUUUAUAAUGGAGAGUCCUUUACCUCAUAUUGUUGAAAGUGCGGAUUGUGAUAGUACGAUAAAACCGAAAGAUAGGUUAGUCAAUUUGUUGGAUCAAAUAGAAUUACAUGUAGAACAACUUCGGAAAGAUGCCUGGAGGCUUGAAGAAGAAAAGGAUACUUUAUUAACUACUUUAGAUACUAUUAGAAAUAACGAACUAUUAAGUGCAUUGGAAGAACCAGCAGACAAAGAUGACGUAUUAAGAUAUGCCGAAAGAUUAUCCAUGCGAUGUUUAACUGUUGAUGUUUUAGUAAAGAUACAACGUGAUAAUGUUCAACAGGAGGCAUUACAUCAAGUAAAUGGUUUAAUAGAUGGUUUAAUUAUUAGUCUCCGUCAAGACCCAAGUGGAACCAGACAAAAAUGUGCAGCAUUUAUGAAUGCUUGUUCAUCUCAAGCAAUGGGUCAUUCAGAUAAAAAUUUUGAAACUGCCAUCCUUGGAUGUACUUUGGAUGAUCAAAAAAGAGUGAAGAAAAGACUACAAGGUUUAUUGGAUUAUAUUGAUAAAAUGCAUACCAUUGAAUUUCACUAAAAGACCUAUGAUAAAUAAUAUUAUAAUGUAUAUUGCGAAUAUAUUGAUUUAUGCAUUUUCGUAAUAUGUGUUUUUAGUAAAGUUCUAAUAUCGAUAAAUACGAGUAUUAAAAAUAAGAUGUUUAAAUAAUCAUUCUUUAAUAUGCAUAUGCAGCAGAACUCUAUUAUUUUUCUUUAUAUUUGCUAUGAUCACAACACACACUCAUGCGUACACGCGGUCAACUUUUUGUGAGUUUAGCAUCUAUAUUUUUAUUUGUUACAAAAAUUUUAACUAUUUACAUUAUGUAUAAUAAGAAACAGAGUUUACAUAGCCUAUAAUUACAAAUGAAUAGAAUUGGUGGUGUAUAUAUUAUAUAUUACAUAAAGUAUAAUAUGUCAAUGCACAUGCCCUAAGAUUGGACACCAACAAUUCCAUUCGAUCUAUAGAAUUAUUAAUGACACAUGUGAUACUCAAAGAAUUUUAUAAAAAAUUAAUAGCACAGGCUUGGAGCUUCCUUACCUGCAACAUUAAUUAUAAAAUUAUAAUUAUACGUGUAAAAACUUAAACAAAAAGAAUA